GGAAUCGGAAGUAGCAUUGCAGGCUCCUCAGGCGCUGCGUGCGUGGUAGUGCGCGUUGCCGCCGAACUGCUACUGCCGCUACAUUACAGUCGUUCGGUACAUAAUAGACCCGCACGGGGGUCUGAAGUGCUGUCAAAAUGUCAGAUACUGAAGAGGCUUCUGACACCUUAGCUGAAGUGAACCUCGAUGAUACCCAUAAACCUUUAACUGAAAAUUUAGAAAGUGAUCCCAACUCAAGCCUGAAAGAUAUCGUGGUCACUAUUGGAGCUACUGUCCCAACUGGCUUUGAGUUGACAGCAGCAGAUGAAGUGAAAGAGAAAUUAGGAUCACAGUCCAGAAUAAGCAAGGACCGAGGGAAAAUCUAUUUUGAAAUUUCAGUAGAGAAACUUUCACAGGUUCAUCGUUUAAGAUCAGUGGAUAAUUUAUUUGUUGUUGUUCAGGAGUUUACAGAUUAUCAGUUUAAAGAAACUAAGGAAGAUGCUCUAAAGGAUUUGGAGGACCUGGCUAAAAAACUGCCCUGGACUGACCCUUUGAAAGUAUGGAAGUUAAAUACCAACCUAAAGAAGAGAAAGACAAAACAUAAAAAACAAAAUCAACAGAAUGGUGCAAGCAAAGAAAAGCUGUGUGAUGAUGGAGGAAAGGACAGAGCAAAUCAAAAAGAUGCUGAUAAAGAGUUGCUUGACCACGUACAAAAUACCCCAAGCUUGAAAUCUGCUGAACAGAACACAGAAAAGACACAGGAAAUGAUCUUAGCAGAUGACCAAUCAGAUGGCAAAGAUGAAUUCCUGAAUAUAACUGGAAAUGAAAACCAAGAGGGCGACUGCAAGAAAGGUGAAGUAGAAGCUCAGGUGCUGAAAUUCCGUGUUACAUGCAAUAGAGCAGGUGACAAACAUUGUUUUACAUCGAAUGAUGCAGCAAGAGAUUUUGGUGGAGCUGUGCAAGAUUACUUCCAGUGGAAGGCUGACAUGACCAACUUUGAUGUCGAGGUUCUCUUGAACAUUCACAAUAAUGAAGUAGUGGUGGGCAUUGCAUUAACUGAAGAGAGUCUUCACAGAAGAAAUAUUACACAUUUUGGACCCACAACUCUUCGAUCCACCCUUGCUUAUGGUAUGCUCAGGCUCUGUGAUCCUCAGCCAACUGACAUUAUAAUUGAUCCAAUGAGUGGAACAGGGGCUAUACCAAUAGAGGGGGCUACUGAGUGGCCUAGCUGUUAUCAUAUUGCAGGUGAUAACAAUCCACAGGCUGUGAAAAGAGCAGCAAAUAAUAUCUGUUCUUUGUUGAAGAAAAAUCAGAAUAAAGAAAGUGGUACUUCCUGGGGCAUACCCAUAGAUACCAUUCAGUGGGAUAUCUGCAAUCUCCCCUUGAGGACCAGCUCUGUGGAUGUUAUUGUAACAGAUAUGCCAUUUGGAAAGAGGAUAGGAUCUAAAAAGAAGAAUUGGGAUCUCUACCCAGCUUGCCUUUUGGAGAUGAGUCGCAUCUGCAGGCCUGGGACAGGGAGAGCUGUACUACUUACCCAAGACAGGAAAUGUUUUGCCAAGGCCUUGUCAAAAAUGGGACACUUGUGGCAAAAGGGUCAUACAGUCUGGGUGAAUGUAGGGGGACUUCAUGCUGCAGUUUAUCUUCUGAAACGUACCUUGGAAAGAGCAGGAGAGAAAAGAUCAUACUGGUAACCCACCUGUCAGCAAACAUACCAAGCAGCAUCCACUUGCCUGAAUUUCUUGGAAAGCUGUUUGCUAGAGUAUAUGCCUUAGAUUUCUGUUGAGAAUACUGGUCCAAGGAUCAGCUUGAAAAGCGUCAUUUCCACUGUGUACUCUGGAACCUUUUUAUUUUACUUGAAACCAAGUAGAAAAAAAGCAAAUCCACCAACAAAAUUACUAAUUCUUUCCUGUGUAUAUGAAUCUGCUUUACCAUGUUUGUGGCAUUUUUCACUUAAAUGUACAUGUUUUCAUAUUCACAAGGGAACUA